GUUUAGUCUGGAAGCAUCAAAUUGUGGGCUCUGCCAUUACGGUUUCACACUUCAUUGCACACAGUCUCUUUUUUAUCAAGUGUAGUGACUAAACUACAUUAGCAAUGCAGAAAAUUUUAUUACUUGUUGCGGUUGUUGUGGUUGUCGCGUCCGCUCAGCACAAUUCGACUCUUCAGUGCCAUUUCUGUGAAAGCGAUGAAACUCCAGAAUGCGAGAAGAAUACCCAAGAUGUCCUCCAGGUGUACUGUAAAGACCUGGACUACGGCAAUAGCUUGAGUCGUUCCGGUGGCCAAAAGCAGAAUAAGAUCUUGUCGGAGGUGUUUCAAAGGGAAUCAUCCAGAGCGCUCACCGCCCCACAAAUAACUGAUUUCAGAUGCAUUGCGGUUGAGGUGGUAGAGAAUAAUAGAAAAAAUUUCAUUCGUACUUGUGCCCCGAUGAGGAACAACAUUGAAAAUGCAUGUGAUUUCAUCAAGGAGCAGGUUGAUAAUACCAUUAACAUCAGGGGAUGCCGGGAAUGCAAUGAUGAUUUCUGCAACUCGGCAAUUCCGCUGGGUACCAGUUUGAUUCUACAGUUAGCCAGCGCUGCACUCGUUUGGUUCCUGGUCAAACUUUAAUAUGGCUUGCAAAGGAUAUUAGCAUGCAAUAAUUUUGUCCGUAAAUACAGUAAUAGUGCUUGCUUUUGAUAAAUACAAACGUUGAGCGUUUAUGACACUAAUGUUCUCUUUGCUACAGAAAGCACAUUAACAAAUGAACAAAUUAGCUACAUAUAAUUGAAUACAAUAAUAAUUUAUUUGUUUUUUGUCGUUUAAUACGCUUUGUACUUCAGAUAUGACAAAUAUUAAUCCUUUUUAAAACAAAGAAACAAUGACAUCCUAAAUAUAAAUUAUUUAUUACCUGA